AUGACAACCAGAGCAGACCAAGUCAUCACCUUAUCACAAGUAAACUCAUUAAUCGACGACAUCAAUACUAAACACAUUGACAACACCAGCGACAAUCAAAAAUCAACAACUUGGAAAGAUCUUGGUAACUACCUAGACAAGAAAGUGGAUAUAAUCAGACCAACAGAAUCAUCGCUUAACGAAAACUAUUUCAUCAAAAACGCCUUCCCCGGAAGAUCAUACUUAUCUCAAUCGAUCGCUUACAAGAUCUGCAACUCGUGUCAACGACCAAUCGGAUUACCAAGUUUAAACCUGCAUUAUCAAAAGUGUGUUGAAAUGAAACAGAAGAGACAACAAGAACAAGCUGAAUUGGCCGCCAAUAACAACAGUAACGGAAAUGCCGCAUUGGGAGUCAAUAAACGCAAGAGAAAGAAUGGAGUAUUAAGUGAAGUGGAAUACUCGUCAUCUGUCGAUAGCACAAGAAACAAUACACCAGCACCAAAUAGUGCAGCCGAAAACUUUGAUGGCGAUAUGAGUAGCAAUAGUAAUGGUGCUUCGUCAAGACCCAAAAAGAAAUACAAGAAAUCACAAGCCCAAAAGGCAAAAGAAGCAGCCAAUGCUGCGGCAGCUGCUGCCUCGCAAUCCGGUGUACCUGUCGAAAAACCAGUAAAACGAAAGAAAAACACAACUGCUGGAACCGGUGCUACGGGCAGGCGACAGCAGGAAGGUGGUGCACAGCUGACGCCUCCAGCAGCAGCAGCGACACCAGCACCACCAUCAUCAUCUCAAACAGGAGGACAGCAAGGUCAAAGAACUAAAGCAGUGGCAAAGGCGAAAGGGCCAGUUGAUGUUGACAAACAGUGUGGUGUCGCUUUAGCUUCCGGUGGGCUCUGUGCUCGUUCAUUGACUUGUAAAACGCACUCCAUGGGAGCUAAGCGUGCUGUUCUUGGACGAACUCAACCAUACGAUGUCUUGUUACAACAAUAUCAGAAGCGGAAUCAAGCAAAAAUUGCCCAAAAUCAUGCUCUUGCCGCACAACGAAGAGAAGCAGCUGCGUUCCAUGGCGAAGGUGCUGAUCUGAUGUUGAACAGAGCAAACAAAGUGUUGGAUCCUGAUGAAGAGACUCAUUUGGUGUUGGAGGGUUUGUCAAAGAAUAAUCCAAUCCCGUUGGAGAGAAAGAUUAUGAUGCCGGUGCGUUAUCGUCAUCGGUUCUUGCAGGCAAGAGAAUUUUAUGCAAAUGCAUUGAUCAUAUCAGCACAACACUCACAACAGCAGCAACAACAGCAACAACAGCAACAGCACCAGCAACAACAGCAUCAAGGUGGGGGAGGGGAACAAACUCUAGCCAAUCAAGCCAUUUCUGGAUCCAUUGGCGGAUUACAAGGACGUUGUGCAUUGAUUAACGUUGAUGCUCCACCAAAUCCACAACUGGAUUCGCAAACGCAACUGUUUAGUGCUAUCCCUGGUGAAAUGUAUCAAGUUAGAGCUCCAUCGAAGGCAAUUUUGAUGACGGCGCAACAUAACAAUUUACAACAACAAGCUUUCCAACAACAGUUUCUCAAGUAUCAGCAACAACAACAGGCUCAGCAGCAAAUGUUGAUGAAGCAGAGGCAACAGCAGAUGCAGAUGCAAAUGCGUCAGAGGCAGCAACAGCAACAGCAACAACAACAGCAGCAGCAGCAACAACAACAGCAACAACAGCAACAGCAACAACAACUGCUGUAG